CUUUGAAAUAAUAUAAUGGACUUUUCUUUCUUGCAAAUUUUCAGUAAAAAUCUCAGUUUAGAAUUGGGAAGUUUAGUUUCGCAACAAUGUCUAUGUUUUUAUUAUCUAUGUGUUCUGAUACAACAGUCAUGGAGCACAGACCUCAGUUUCCCCCCCAACUUCAAGUUCGGAGCAGCAACGGCGGCGUAUCAAGUGGAGGGUGGAUGGAAUGCUGAUGGCAAAGGCAUGAAUAUAUGGGACAGAUACGUGCACGAAUACCCCGACGAUAUCCGCAACAGAUCGACCGGCGACGUGGCAGCCGACUCCUACCACCAGUGGCGACAAGACGUCAAGGCUGCGGCACAGAUGAGGCUGCAGACGUACAGAUUCUCAAUAAAUUGGGUUCGAAUAUUACCCUCGGGUUUCACGAAUGAGAUCAACAAGGCCGGUGCCCAGUACUACAGCGACCUCAUCGACGCGCUCCUCGCCGAGGGCAUUGAGCCCAUUGUCACUCUGUUCCACUGGGAUUUGCCUGUGAAGAUACAAGAUCUUGGAGGCUGGACCAAUCCGCUCAUCGUGAAGUGGUUCGGAGACUACGCCAGAGUAGUUUACACGCUGUACUCGUCUCGUGUGCGCACAUGGCUGACCAUGAACGAGCCCGUGGCCGUAUGCGACUACUACUACAACUCCGAGCGGUUCCCGCCGAGGGUCAAGGAGUCGAUGUACGCACCAUAUCUGUGCAACAAAUACAUUAUGCUGGCACACGCUAACGCUUAUAGGAUAUUUGAAAGAGAGUUCAAGCCAUCUUGUCCAGGACGAAUAUCAUUGGCGAACAACGUUUUAUGGAUUGAACCGUUCUCACCCAACGAUACGGAACUGGCAGAGCUUGGGAGGCAGUAUCAGACCGGCAGAUAUUCUCAUCCGAUAUUCUCCAAGCAGGGUGGCUGGCCACCUUUAGUGGAGAAGUUUAUGCUGGAACUGAGUCUAAAACAAGGAUUUGCUGAAUCUAGACUACCGCCGUUCACCGCCGAAGAAAUUGAAUUUAUGAAAGGCACAGCAGAUUUCUACGGGAUAAACUUCUACACCACCAGUUUGAUCAGACCUUCCAAACCGAAAGAAGAGCCUGGCCUGUGGUUCAUCACUGGCUCGCCGGAACUGAACGCCAUGCUGGAGCCUCCACCUAAUGCUUACUAUGGAGCCUUAUCUAUACUUCCGGUAACUCCGGAGAGCAUGCGCAAACAGUUCAAAUGGCUGACUCAGCAGUACGGCGAUAUCGAGAUCCUCGUCACUGAGAACGGUUACUCCACCUUCGGCCACCAACUCGACGACUACGACAGAGCUGAUUUUAUUAAGGAACAUUUAGAACAGGUGUUACUAUCCAUCAAAGUCGACAAUAUUAACGUUACGGGAUACUUGGUGUGGUCCCUCAUUGACAACUUUGAGUGGCUGGAUGGAUACAGAGCGAAAUUCGGUCUUUAUGAAGUGGAUUUCGACCAUCCAAACCGCACAAGAACUCCUCGAUUUUCAGCCAACUACUACGCCUGUGUGAUCGCGGAGAGAUCUCUCGACGUUCCAGACUCUUGCCACAACAAGAUCCAUUCCGUGCAUCGAAUACGACGGACUGAGCAAAAUGGCGGAAACUCAACAAACAGAGGACUACUUUUAAACAUUUUAGCUUUAAUUUGUAGUUAUUUAUUAAUGAAAUAAUGAUUGUAUUUAGCUAAUUGUUAUUAACUAUUUAUUUACGUGUUUGCGUUUAGAUAAUGUUAGUUACACAGCUUUUAUCUACUUGGUAGUGUAUACUUAUAUUAUUGAGAGUAGAUGUAAAGUUUGUGAGGUUGUAGGGGGUCUCUGGAUCCACUGAACCAAUAUUGAUAAUUCUUACACAAGCCACAUUAUUUGUUAGUAGGUAUUAAGCUACAUUUUAUCCCCAUAUUUCUACGAGAACCGAAGCUACGCGAAACCGCGGGAUGACUCUUGUACCUAAUAUGUUUAUUUAAAAAAUACUAACAGUAAAAAAAAAUACAAUAAUACAAUAAUAGAGUAGAUCCCUGGCUCAGGUUACAGUCAGAUAUUAUUGAAAUAUACACCAAAUUUCGAUUUCCAGCUUGCAAUAUCACUAUCAGACACCUAACAUUAUAAUCUACAAUAAUCAAUCACACAUAAUAACAGAGUAAAUUAUUAAUUACUAUAUUGAAUAUUUUAGAGAAAAAGAAUCCAUUCAAAACUUACGAUGCCUUUACGUCAAUAUUAUGUCAGUUUAUAUAGCGAUGUGUUAUAAAAAUAAUAAUAAGCAUUAUUCCUUAUGGCGGUUAUUUUCAAUGAAUUCAGUAUUAAUGAGAUUUGGAAUAGAAAAAUAAAAAAGUGAUGAAUGGUAAAGUAAAUAAAAUGAUAAACGAUAGUGAUUUAGUAUAAGUAGUUGUACCUAUAGUAAUAUUUAAAAAAUAUAAAGUGCUUAGAAUAUA